ACGGAAACGACAUCAGUCUCCUGCAGCAUUUCCCGCGCUCUGAGAGGAGUGACUGCAAGAGAUGUGACACCAGGAGCUGUGUGCUCCAUGAUUGAGGAGAAAGUGGCAGAACCAAUGCAUCAUCGCUGGGAGCCUUUCAGAGAUUUCCUGUCUAUUGGUCACCUCAGCCUGAUACUUUCAUUUCUCCUGUCCAUCUUCAUCUCCCGUGGUUCUACUAGAUGUGGGACAUAUGAGGGUUUUUUUGCUGACAGCCUCAAUAGCAGAUUGUCUACUAGCACUUCAUUCCCAUGGCUCGUGUCUCUGCGCGGUCUGAAUAGAUCUCAUCUAGCGGUGGGAACCAUAAUCAGCAGUUCGUGGAUUGUAAGCGCACCUUCCAGCCUACAUAUAAGAAAUAAUCUGCAAGCUGUUGUGGGCAUCACCCAUCUGGGACCCCAGGAAAGCGAGAACCAAUACUAUCCCAUCCGUAAGGUCAUAGUUCAUCCAGAUUUUGAUGAGGUUCUCCUUGUUAAUGAUUUGCUGCUGCUGCUGACAGAGCAACAGAUUACAUUUGGGCAGUGGGUACAGCCAAUUUGCUUUCCUAAUCAGGAUCCCGAAAACAAUGCCCUCGCCAGCUGCCAGGUGUCUGGCUGGAGGGGACCAACUGCAGGAGGAUACCAAGUAGAGCAGACAGGACUCUGUGGCACGGACGCCUGGUACAAGAUCCCGGUAGAUAACAUAGCCCCGUGUCCCCUACGACAUAAUACGGCAACAGAGUGUUUUGGCUACUAUGGUCAGGAUCUCAGCCCUGGACAGGAGGUUAAAAAAGGGAAUCCUGUGUCCUGUAAGAUAACAGGCAGUGAGCGGUGGGUGCUGGCUGGAGUAAUGACUGGUAACGGUGUGAUGCCAUAUGGCCCUUUCCUUUACACACGAACGUCCCAUUACACUGACUGGCUGAAAGCCUGUACCUCGAAGGAGGACGAUUCUUUCGUGCCGUCAGUUAACAUAAUUAAAGUGAUCAUCAAUGGCUCCCAAGCACGUUCCCUGUACAGAUCCUCCAAUACGAAGGCAGAUAGUAAUUCCAAUGAAUCGCCGCAGUUCUAUGAUUAUUAUACACUGAAUGAAGAGCCGGACAUAAAUCCCGGACACAGAGUGCAGCCUGUCCGUGCCUUCACUUUGCUGCUGUACUGCUGGAAGACAUGGGUGCAAUAAGGUGGACAAUGUUAAAAUCAUCUAA